UAUUAAAUAUAACCAAAAGUACUACUACCUCUGCCUCAUUUGCUAUAAGAAGCAACCAGAACCUUUCAGUUUUCCUCACCACUCGAUUUCCUUCUGCAGCAAUGGCUAUUCUUUCAAGUUCCUCUGUCACAACAGCUACUAUUCUUUUCCUGUGCACCCUCGCCAAUGCUACACAGCUUCCCCCCCUCAUUCUUACUUUAGUUAACAACUGUCCUUUCACUGUCUGGCCCGCCAUUCAGCCCAACGGCGGCCACCCCGUUCUUGAACGCGGCGGCUUCCCCCUCCAGAGCCUUACACACCGUUCCUUCCCCGCCCCGGCCCAACACUGGUCCGGUCGGAUCUGGGCCCGUACAGGCUGCACACACUCCAACGGUCAUUUCUCUUGUACGACAGGUGACUGCGGCCACCGCUUAGAAUGCGGCGGCCUCGGUGGGGCCACCCCCGCCACUCUGGCACAGCUCAGCCUCCACCACGGCGACAAGGACUUCUCCUCGUACGGCGUGUCCCUCGUCGACGGUUUCAAUGUUCCCUUGACCGUGACCCCACAUGAAGGCACGGGUGUGUGUCCCGUUGUGGGCUGUCGGGCCAAUCUGCUUGCCACAUGUCCCGAGAGGUUGCAGUUGCGUUCUCCGCACGGUCACGGGGCGGUCGUGGGUUGCAAGAGCGGAUGCGAAGCGUACGGUACGGACGAACUAUGUUGCCGGAACCAUUACAACAGUCCGCAGACGUGCCGGCCGUCGAGUUUCUCGGAGUUUUUCAAACAUGCUUGUCCCUCCACAUUUACUUAUGCCCAUGAUAAUCCCUCUCUCACGCAUGAGUGUUCUUCCCCGCGUGAGAUCAAAGUCAUUUUCUGCCACUAGAUAGAUAGGGCUAGAGAAUCCCACUUCAUAAAACAAAACAAAAAAGAAACUCUAAGCUUCUGGUUUGUAAUAAGUUGUUCAUGGAGUGGGUAUUUUUGUGGUGUGUUAAGUGUAAGAUUGUCUUAUUAAAUAUUUCUAUUAUUAAUGUCUAA